AUAAAUGAUGAAAGAAUUGUCAUUUUUGGGUGUUAAGUCCAGCAUUUCUUACCACUAGGCAAACAAAGACUUGAAAGCAGAUACUGAUGUGGCUUCUCUCAUCUGUGAGGGGAAGAGGGAGUGUGUAAGAUUAUUUUGGGAAGUGUCAAUCAUGUUAAAUUAUUUGUGGGUGACACAGUUUGAACUAGAGCACUUCAGGAUUAUGAACCUCGAGGAAUCCUUUACCUGAACACAAAAAUUCUUCCUCGUCCCAAACCUGUUUGACUUACAUAUUGCAACAUGCAAGGAGAAGGUCGUAUAGGAAUGAUGUCAGACAACACAUUGCACAACAUUACAUUAAAAUUUCCUCCCUCCCUCUAAUCUCCAAUAAUCUCUCUCACAUUCCCGUUUGAUAUGACCAGAUUUAUUUGACCAGGGAUUGAAGCGAAAGGGUUACAGAACUAAAAUGAUGUAACUUCUGCUCUCACCCUUUCUGUUGUCAGAGAUGUCUCCAUGGUUACCCCCUCCCAUCCGGAAUGGGACGCCACAGCCUUGACCGGGAGAGAAGGAAAGCAAGGGUGCACGAAAAAUCCUCAUUCCAUUACAUCUAAUAAAAUGCACAUUUGUCAGUCCACUUAAAGCUUUAUUUAUUGAGAUUAUUAAACAGACCACUUCUGUUCACGGUCACUUUAAUAAACCCAAAACUACAGUUGCCAAUUCACAGACGAUUACAUUUACAUUUAGUCAUUUAGCAGACGCUUUUAUCCAAAGCGACUUACAAGUUGGGCAAACAAUGGAAGCAAUUGGGUCAACAUUAGGAAAACAAAAAGCAUAAGUGCAAUAAAACAUGUCUCACAAAGCCUGCUACAGUGUACAGAGCUAAGUUUUUUUAAUAUAUAUUUAUAUAUACAUAUAAAGUAGAAAAGAUAUAGAAGUCAGAAAUGAUCGUCAGGAGGAGACGUUCACAGGAGGGGUGUUGAAAAAUUUCCUCAUAUCUUUUUUUGGAGGAACAAACAUAGUGUUUGAGCAUAACUGUAAUGUUGCAUUUACAUCAGAUAUGGAUCAUUCAAUCCUUUAUUCUAUAUCAGGUGUCUUUUAAAGGAACAGUUCACCCAAAAAUGAAAAUUCUGUCAUGAAUUACUCACUCUCUCGUUGUUCCAAAUCUGAAUACAUUUAUUUGAUUGGUUGAACACAGAGAAAGAUAUUUGCAUGAAUGUUUGUAACCAAACAGUUCUUGGACCCCAUUGACUUCCAUAGCAGGAAAAAUGACAAUGGUAGUCAAAAGUGCCCCAGAACUCUUUGCUUUCCUACAUUCUUCAAAAUAUCUUCUUGAGCAACUUGAGGGUGAGUAAAUGAUGACAGAAUUAUUAUUUUUGUGUGAACUGUUUCAUUAAGAAAGAAAUUAUACUGUCCCAUCCAUCUGUCUCUUUCUAUACUUCCUUUGUUUAAUAUUUCAUAGACAACGCAAUGCCUUGGAUGUUUCUGGAUUGGUUUGUCCCCGUCUAUCUGCUGGUGUCUGUCCUCUUGCUGGCCGGUUUCGGAGCCUGUCUGUAUUUUCUGGAGCCGUGUCUUCAGGACGCUCACAAAUGGAGCAACAAGUCACUGAGACGCCAACCGCUGGCACCCACGAGGCAAACGCAUGGUGGAGAGGACGACAUCAAUGCUUUACUGUGACAGGACACGUGUGGAUGAUCAAUGAGACAUUUGUGUUCACUGGGUUUUAGAUUUGCAAUGUAUAUGCAUGUUCAUAUGUGAAACGCAGUUGUUUGGGACAAAAUCAUAUGAAUUUCCAGGUCAUGAUGGUCAUGUUUAAGAUCACAUUUUAGAACAUGCCUGAAACAUUUGGAAAAGCCACGGACUCCAGCUUACACGAGUCACGAACUUACCCAAAAAUGAUUUACUCACCCUCAUGUCAUUCCAAACCUGUAUGACUUUUUUUCGUCUGCAAAAUUCAAAAGAAGAAAUUUUGAAGAAUGUUGGUAACCAAACAACAUUGGUCCCCACUGACUUUCAUUGGACACAAAACAACAGACAUUUCUCGAAAUAUCUUCUUUUGUGUUCCACAAAUGAAAAGUCAUAUACAGGUUCUGAAUGACAUAAGUGUAAAUAAAUGAUGGACAUGUUAUUUUUGGGUGAACUAUCCCUUUAAAAUACUGUUAAUGUCAAAUGUAUAUUAAUGUGUAAUUUUGCAGUUACUGAUCUAAAAAACUGCCAUAUUUCUUAAAUACAUUGACAACCUGUUCAAGUGAAUACCAAUUUCAUGUUCAUCUUUGUAUACUGUUUCAAUAGUUUUAUCAGCGGGCUAGCAUUGUCGUUUAAGACCCUGAAAAGUGUGUUAUGCCAAUAGUUUUGUGUGUAAAUUACAUUAUUUUUAGACUGUUGCAUACUAUAUUUAGACUGAAAUUACUUUCAUCCACUAAAUGCAAUGUCUCUUUAAAGGUCCAGUGUGUCAUUUUUUUGGAGGAUCUAUUUACAAAAGUGCUAUAUAAUGUGUUCAGAGGUGUAUAAAGACCUUACAUAAUGAAGCGUUAUGUUUUUAUUACCUCAGAAUGAGCUUUCUCUAUCUACGUAUACAGCGGGUCCCCUUACAUGGAAUUUGCCAUGUUGUUUCUACAGUAGCGUGACGACAUCUCAGUUCUGUGUCAGCCACCAAAGUUUUUCGAAAGGGAGGGGUGGAGUGAGCCAUUGGAUGCAAUUCGCAACCUCACCCCUAGAUGUCGCUAAAUUUCAUAAACUGGAGCUUUACAAUGUAGAUAUUAGAACUGAUUGCAUCCUCAUUUUAGAGGAAUUAUGGCUGCUAUUUUGUAUGAAAGAAUGGAUGCUAAUAAUGAAGCCCCACCCCUAAACCUAAUCAUCAUUGGCACAAAAGUAGAUGAUAAUCAAUUAUAAAAUAGUUACAAAUUGUGUUUGUUGUUAAAUGCUGUUUAACCUGAUUGGCUGAAUAUACUUCUACUUUGGACAAUCAUAGUCAUCACUUUCAUUUUUCAAAUGAUAAAUUAUUGUAAAAAUGCACAACUGUAUCAUCAAUAAUAGCAUGUCUAUUGUUUCACAGGCAAAUGGAUCAAGGCUGUAAACAAAUGUAAUAAAUUUGAAGUGCUUAAGUGGAGUUAUUUCUUUCUUUAUGUUGUCACUCGAUGUUGGAGUUUCAGAAACUCUGUCAUUUAGCAGAGAGAAGUGAAGAGAGUGGGUGAAUGAGACAGUGGAGCUUCAGAUGAGAAGAAUGGAGAGAAUGUAAGUCCAUUUCCCACCACUUCCUGACGCACUUUUCCCUCUUCAUUCCCGCCCCAGCUCACUUCUUCUGUAAACAGGCUCACGGGUCAGUAAAUAUACACAAAUAUCAUUACAAAUUAUCUGUGGAAUUGUAAAUGCUAAUAAAUUUGUACAUUUACCUUACUGAGUUAAUAUUUAUAGAUCAAUUAAAAUUCUACUUUCUACUUUUUUCUCGAUCUCUACCGUGUCAAUGAACAUGUGUUUUGUGUUGCUUGCUUACACUUUUUUUCUACAUCUCACAGUCUGUGUCUUAAGCUGCAAUGAACCCAAAGGAGUCAGACCCUUCUGAACACGUUUCACCUACAGGAUCCGAAUCUCCAAGAAGACUUUCCCUCGACACACAUUCUCUUUCCUCAACAGGACUCUCGCCAAGUCUUAGCCCUUCUUCUCCAUCUCGUCUCUUACCGGUUCCUAUAUCCACCUCGCCGUCUCGCCUCAGUCCAACGUCUCAUUUCGUUUCAUCUUAUUCUCCUGUUCGCUUGUCUCCUUGUCCCACACCUGACCUAUCUCCAUCGCCCAAUCGUCUGUCCCGCUGUCAUCAGCCUCUUUCUUCAUCCGUCGUCUUUAAAAAGCCCAUCCACAUUCCUUCAUUCAGUCAAACUGGGAAAACCCUGGAACACCAGAAGCAGAUUCACACUUCUCCACCGUGCAUCAUCAAAACUGUGGACACGUGUCUGAAUGUUCCACAUCCGAAUUCAGACGAAACCAUUUCUCACAUGGAGCCAACCAUAAACAAAAGUUCAACAGCAUCUGUUUACGAAAACGAGCCGUUGCAUUCACUUGAUAUGCAUGAUAAACAAUGGUCCGAAAGUAAAAUACCUCAAUUCAAACCCAUUUCGUCCCCUGAGAGACGUGCCAGAUCAAUCCCCAUAACCAACACGAGAAAUCACAACAAGCAAACUGGCCAAAAACCGGAUCAACUGUUCAGACCUCAACACCAGGACGCACUAAAUAACCUGACAUCAAACGUCACUGGAGUUACCAAGCCUACAAAGUUUGAUAGCUCAAUCCCUCACGUGUUAAAACAUGUUGAAAAAAGAAGACCACAGACUUCAGCGAGUUUCCAAAAGAAGCGUCCGGACCCCACUCUCGUUCGGAUCCGGCUCGGCUUGAUUAAAACAGGGAGGAUUGUAAACGCUAGCGCCCAGAUCUCUCAUCUUGAAGAGAAGCCAAAAAUUCAACGUCCAUCUACUGUGGAAAGGCUCCCACUUCCUGUCUAUUCAAAGAUGAGAUCCAACUUGAUGUGUCAGAACGGCGUAAAACAUCAAAUCCAGAAGAAAAAACUACCGCGGGCUUCGACGGAAGCAAAGAGUCAACCCUCAAAACAAUUGAAACCUACAAAUUCAACCACAAACCAAGAUUCUCUAGUGAUUGCUUCAACCUCAUCUACAAGAAAAAACUCUUGUCAAUCAAGCAGUAAUGACAACCUUACGUCCAAAUCUAAGAUCACAGGAUUACAGUCAGACACUUCCAUCACCUCAUCCUGUUUUACAUCAGGUCAGUGCGGCCGGAUAAGCUGCUUCCAGUUCCCUUUGAAGAUCCACAGAUCAUCCACCGAAUGCAGUCAAAUGAGCCGAAUCUGUAGACCUGUGAUCAAAAGAACAUCUGAGGCGUCUUACAGUAGACCAACAUACCUUAAAUCUCCUCAAGCAUGGAGAAAAGUUUCAUCUGCCGCCAACCAAACCACAGGGGGUAAUGAAAGGGAGUUGAGCAACUCAUCCCAAAAUAGAUGCAACCUUACAGAUUCAGAUUCUUCUAAAUCUUCUUCAAGCGAGGCAACCUUGAAAGACGAUUAUAGAUGCUCACGAAUACACAGAGGUUCACGCUUACACAAAAAGCGUGUCGUUGGUUGUCGGAUUAAAUAUGUUGGGGAAGAAAAACGGCAGGCAGCUGUUCAGCCGGACCCCCCUGAACUGCUGGGUACAUCUACAGAGGUCCCAAACACACACACCGACUCUGAAAUGAAGGAAUGGAUUUCCCAGAAUCCAAAAUUCUUAUGUAACACAGACAGCAUCAAGAGUAAAGUAUCUGAACAGACGCUUCAACAGCACAACGCUGCAGAUUGUGAGAGAUUUCCAGGAAUACACUCUGUGCCGUUAAGGGAGCAAGAAGACCACCCGUCAUUACCGCCAUCUGUAGUCGUAGAAAUGAGGAGAGGAUCUGAGGUGGAAACCUGUCCUGGAGAGUGUGUGUCUGCAGGUGAGAGCAAAAACAAAUGA